CACACAAUAUCAUUAAUUUUUUCCCUUUUUGUGUUUCAGUAUGACAGCUGAAAUAAAACUGUUCCAAUUAUCUGAUGUUGAGGAUUUGCAGUCUGUGGAGGCAGUUGUUGGGCCUCUAAAUGAGGGAAUUGUUUCUAUCUCUAACAUCUGCAUGUCUCUCUUGGAUGCACAAAUUGAUCCCACCACUGACACAUGCUCCAAUUACAAACAAAUCAGGGGACAUAUUGAGCACGCUGAGCAAUACCUGAAAAAAUCAGAGACAACAAUUAAAGAAAAACUGGGAUAUUUGGAUGAAUGGAUGGAGCGACUUACUUUAGAAAAGGGAAAUGUUGAGCAGCAGAAGAAGGAAAAAUUUAUGGCCAAACAUAAAUUAUAUAUUGAGAAGAAAUCAGCUGAAGAAUCAUUAAAGUCUUCCGAAGCUGCAUUGAAGCAGGCCCAAAAAAAUGUAGAAUUAACAAAACAUACAUUAAAAAAAGAGAAAGACAAGCAGGAGACAGGUAGAUGGGUGGCAGCUGCAGGAGUAGGUGUUACCCUGAUACCAAUUGCUGGAUGGAUUGCAGGUCCAGUAAUUUUCUAUAGUGGAGUAAGUACAAUAGUGGAUGCUUCAAAGGCUAUCAGGGAUGCUGAAGAUGAGCUUAAAGAAAAUGAGUCUCGGGUGAAUGAGAACAGCAUGAACGUGUCUAAUUACCAGUCCAGGAUCUCUAGGAUACAGACUGAGAUUGAAGAGACUGAUAAGGUGCUGAAUAAAAUUCAGAGGGAGAUUGAAGAGGUGAAGCAGCAUCUAGAGGGCACAGCUGCAUUUCAAGAAGUGGUCAGAAGAGCUGUAAAUCUACUGAGUGUUCUUAGUGGAAGAGUCACUGUACUGGAGAGACAAACUCAACGUUUCAUCUUCUGGCAGCCUGUUAUAAAUGCUAUGGAAGAUGUGGUGAAGGUGGCAGGAAAUAUUGCAGAGAAUCAGUUCCUUUACAGUCAGGGUGUAUCUGGCCUCAUAAAUACUUUGAGGGAGAAUAUUGGAGGAGUGCUUGCUUUAUGCAACUCCCCCAGUAAUUCUGAAUAUGAUUGCUAUUACUGAACUAACUGAAGAUACAAAUGUUUAGUUGUACACAGUUGUAAUGUGUAUUUUAUUUUUAACAAAUACAUUUCUACAAUAAAUAAAAAGUGAAUAUG